AUGGGAAGGCCUUUGUUUUAUGAUAUCAUCGAGAAACCUGCAACUACCUGCAUCGUGACGAUAUGUAGUUUAAUUUGGUUUGUGAUUCAGAAGAAGAGUAUUGGUUACUCUCAAGUUGGAUUGAGUUACGAGACUGCGAUUGAAGGGCAUUACUGGAGGAUGAUUACUUCUGCUUUCUCACAUAUUAGUGUAUUGCAUCUUGUGUUCAACAUGAGUGCUUUAUGGAGUCUUGGUGUUGUUGAACAGUUGGGGCAUUUAGGUCUUGGAACUGCUUAUUAUCUUCAUUACACUCUUGUUCUUGUUGUGUUCUCUGGUGUUUUGGUUAUUGGGAUUUACCAUUUGCUCAUUGGUAGAUUCAAGAUUGAUUAUUUCAGGAGAGUUACAGCUGUUGGGUACUCUUGUGUUGUGUUUGGUUGGAUGACGAUUCUCUCUGUGAAGCAACCUUCUUCAAAGCUUGAUCUUUUUGGGCUUUUGUCACUUCCCAUUAGCUUUGCGCCUUUCGAGUCACUCAUUUUCACUUCGAUCAUUGUUCCACAAGCUAGUUUUCUUGGACAUUUGUCGGGAAUCCUGGUUGGUUACGCUAUAUCAUGGGGUCUGAUUGGUGGUAUGAACAACUACUGGGCGCUUACUAUCCUUGGUUGGAUCGUAGUGGUGUUUGUUUUUAGUUUGAAGAAGUCCGGUGCUUAUGAUUUCAGUUUUCUCGAGAUUGAAUCACUUACUGAUGCUUCUUUACCCUCAGUGCGGUUUAUUGGAAAUGGCCGGACCUUGCAAGCCAGUGCCGUUCCUCUUAGUGGAGUGGAAGUUGUCUGA